AUGAACUUCUCAUCAGCCCCUGUAGAAAAUAAAAAUGAUUUACUAAAGGGGAAGGGGAAUGUAGAAGCUUCCAGGGAGCUGCUACAGAUUAUCAUGAACAAUUGCUAUGGGCCAAACCUCAAAGUGACGGUAAAUGACAACAGGGAGUUUUUUGGAGCUCUGGCAUAUGUGGACAAGUAUAAUUUAUUUCUAACAAACUGCGAAGAACUGUACACAGGUAGCCAAACGUACACACGGAACUGCGGAAACAUCCUAAUUCCCUUUAAGAUAAUCAAGUUGGUAGAAAUUAAAAAAGGUUACUUUGAUAUAUGUUAUGAGGAACUAACAAAGGAGCAGAAGGCGUAA